AUGUAUUCAAUCAAUGCUUAUCUCUAUUACUUUGUUUUUAUGUUAUUUCAUGCUAUUUAAAUUUGUUGCUUAGAUAAGAAAGAAUUUUAUUUGUUGGUGAUGAUUUGGAAAGCAAGAGAUAGUUAUUUUAAAUAGAUAAGAAAAAGAGAAAAGAGAAAAUAAUUUGUUUUUGUUUAAAUAAUUCAAGCUUAUAAUAAAAAAUAAGGAGAUAAAAAAUAAGAGGUAGUUAGUAGAAUUAACUAGUAGAAUACAAGAAAAACUUUAUAUUUUUAAGCAUUUCUUAUAAACAUGAAAGUUUUUGAUAAGUAACCACCACUCAAAGAAAGGUUUUAUAAUGCUCUUAGCAAUUUAUUCCUGCUCAUGUUCUUAAAAGACAACGAAAGGAAUAGAACUAAAACCUAUUAUAUUUUCUUGGUGACAUUUUAUUUUGUAUAAAUAUGUGGAUUUAUGUGCACCCUUUCCUAAAAAGAGUCUACAGAUACUUACGCUUACUACUUUUUUGAGUUUCUUUAAAAAGCAAGAUUUCUUCCUAUUAUCAGCUCAGUCUCGAAUGGAAUAAUCCCUGUAAUCAUUUUAUUGAUCAUUUUAGUGAUGGAAGUCUAUGUCAUCUAUUGUGCAUAUGUGCUUAGCUUAGCUAAUAUAAAAGAUGAUUGUGAUGUGAUGAAAAGAUAAGAAAAGAAUAUUAGUACACUCUAACUUUACUUAGAGCAUCAAAAAUGGAUAUAUUGUUUACCUAAAUUUGAUCUGUUAUUUGCCUGUUACUUUUGCAGCUCAACAAAUGGGCCAAUUAUAAGCAGUCGCUGCGGCGCUGUGAUAUAAUUUAGUGAAUAAGGGUUUUUAUAUAGAGGACUUAUUCUUCUACUUUUCUUUUUUGUCUUAAUCACUAGUAUUACAAUUAGCUUGAUUAAUAUAUUGAUAUAUCACAAUCCAGAAUUCAAUGCAGUAAAUUAACUAAAGUCAAGAUAUUCAGUUCUUAAAUCAGUUGAACCCUUUUUAGAAAUAUGUUUAGUAAUGUUUUCAUAUUUUGGCAGUGUAUUCAUUGUUUUUAUAGUUGCCCAUACGUUUGGAAUCUUUUUGAUGAUUGAAUAUUUUAUGCAUUUUCCUUUGGUCGAUAAAAAUAUUUCUGAUAUUUAUGGCUGGCUCAUUUCUGUUUUUGAAAUAUUUACAACCCUCUUCUUAAUUAGGGAGUAUUUCGACUUUUUUUCAGAUAGAAAUUUUGUUUUUGUUUUUUUAAUGCUUAUUGCUUUGUCUUAUGGGCUCUUUAAAAUAAUCUGGAACAAAAAAUUUAUUCUUGCAAUGACAGUAGACCCAAAUAGGCUAGGAGAUUUUCCAUAAGAAACCUGUCUUUAUCUCGAAAAAUUAUGCGAACUUUAUGAGAAAAACUAUACAUCUCUUUCUUAAAAACUGCUUUUGUUUGGAACUUUGUAGUUGCACAAAAACUUUUGCAAAGCAUUGCUAUGCCCUUGUAAAAAUGAAGAAAUCAAUAAAUUAGCUGGCGAUGAAAAGCCAACACUUUCAGGAGGUAUGAUAAUUGACUGUGGAAGAGAUAUUAAAAUAAAAGGAGUGGACUUUUCAAGAGUUUGCUAAAAUGAAUUGUUAUUUGAAAGAUGGCUUUAGAGCUUUAUAGACUUUUAGUUUGAAGUAUUGAUAGCAUUCCUUAUCAAAAAGGGAGAAUAAUUAGUUUGCUAAGAAGUAUGUUUAAGAUACUGGUUCUUCUUAAUUAAAUUUAAGAAAAACUCUAUAAAAGCACUGUUUCAAAACAAAGUCAUGACAACACUAAUAAUACACAAAAAUACAUUUUUUGCUACAGUUGAAAGAAGUCUAACGAAUCUGAUUGAAAAUAGAUUGAAGGAAAGAGAUAAAGCGCACAGUUAUUCUUACAGACAAAAGGAUAGAAGCGACGCAGCUAAUAAUGUGAAAUUUGAAAAAAUGGUUUUAACAGAAACAAAGAAAAAUGACCUUAAAAAGUUAGUAGGGUCAGUGAUGAAAGAAAAAGUAGAAUUUAUGAACUAACUUAUAACUGGUUUUACUAACUACAAUAUAAUGUAAGAUUCAGCGAUAAAACUGAUAAAAUAAGUGUGUAGAAUAGAAAAUGGGCUACUUUAAAUGGUUGAAGAAAAUCCUGAUAACAUUUAUUUUUUGAAGUUGUUGGCUAUGAUUAAAUCCUUCUUGAUUUUUGAUCCUUUAUAUACUCGUAAGAUAGAAAGCGAUUUAUAAGAUAUGUUUAACAAAGAAAAGAGCAGUGAUGCUACAACUAUCACUUCUCUUACUAUUCUAUCUGGAAACGUUGGAAGCAUUAUUGCAAGUUUUAAAACAGAAAAAGAUGCAGGAAAAAUACUUCAGUACAGUGAAAGAAUACCUUAGAUAUUUAGUUACGACAGAGGAGAGUUUGUGAACAAAGAUAGAGUAAAAGAUUUGAUCCCUGACUGUAUAUCGAUAUUGCACGAUUAAUUUUUACAAAGAUUAAUUUAGACUGGUAUUGCAAAAACUGUAAGAAGUUACAGGACUAUGUUUGCCAAAAAUAAGAAUGGAUUUAUCUUCCUAUGCAAAUUAUUUAUCAAUUACUAUUUUGUAAAAUAAGAUGAUUUUGCUUUUUCUGCCUUGAUAAUUAAGAUUUAGACACACAGCAACUAUAUGAUCCUUAACGAGCAAGGAUACAUAGAAGAUUUAACAGAGGGUAUAGUAGAAAUAAUGAACGCCAAAGAUAUUGAUAUUAGCUACUUCAAGCAAUGCCACGUCAGCAUAUACAUACCAUAGUUUCUAGAUUUCAUUGAGUCAUAUGAUCCAUAAGAAGAAUAUGCCUUCCUUAAAUAUAGAACAGAUUUUCCAAAAGAUCCAAUAAAUUUCACUAGUUAAUUCAUCAAUCACCAUAAAAAUUUUCAUUAAAGAUGGGAUGUUGAUAGAGAUAAUUGGAGGAAAAAUUUGAAUCAAUUUAUCAAAAAUAGAAAAGGAAAUAUUUUCAGUUAUGAAUCAAUUUUAAAUAUAAGAGUUGAGGAGUUCGAAGGAAUAGAUCGUGUUGUAAGAUUGUUUAUUAUUGAAAUAGAAAAAAUGUUACCUUGGGAUGAAACUAAUUCGCUUUUAUCUGGAAGUACAAGAAACACAGGAAAAUCAAGACAAGGAGAAUUUGCAACUAAAGAAAUUAAAGGUCAAACAGAAGAAUUUUUACAAUAAGAAACAUUUUAAGCUAAAAAUGGUCACCAUAAAGAUAAGAAUAAUGGAACAGAUUAUGAAGAAGCUCCUUUAAAUGAAACAUUUAACCCGAGUAGUGAACAUAAAUCAAAUAAAAAACAAUAAUCUAAUCCAAAAAAUCGUGCAGCUGAAAAGAUAGUUUAGUAAUAGCAAAUAGAUAAAUAUAAUACUCUUGAAACAUUUUAAAAGUAAAACACUGUGUAAAAUAGUAAAUUUAAUGACAUUUAAGUUUUGAAGCCAUUGAACGAAGAAGACAUUUUACAUUCAGCUGUUUUAAGUGAGUAAGGAGAUGCAAAGCCUUUCCCAAAUGAAGGUUCAUUUGUAAAGGAAUAGUUCUUAGAAAACAUUAAUUAGCUUACAACUGUUGUAGAUGAUUCGAAUGCUCUCUUAAAUGCAAAUAGAGAGCAUUAUCAAGAUUAGUUUGAAAAAAUAAAUGAUAUUAUACAUAAUCCCCUAGGAACUAGCCAAAUUAAAGAGUAAUAAUAAGAUUAAAUAGUCAAGGAAUAGUUUGAAGUAGAAGCAAAUUAUGCUGGAAUAAGUCUUUAACAAAAUUAAGCAAACCAAUAGCGUGAUUUAGAAAAUUAAUAAAAAUAAAAUGCAUCUUAAAACGUGGCAUAAUAAUUAGUUGAUUAUUAAUCUAAUCUCUCUUAAAAAUCAAUUAAGGAAGGGAAAUAAAAAUAAUAAGCAACUACAGAAGCAAAUGUCUUGAAUACUUCUGUAGCUGGCUACUUUGGUAAUUCAACUGAAUAGUAAUAAAAUAUGUAAAAUAGCAAUCAAAAUGAGUAAAAGAAAUAAGUUGAUUCAUCAGAUGAUGAAGAUUCUAAAAAAUAACAAAUUGUAUCUUUCGAUACUGAUAGGGAGAAAAGAGAGCAAUACGAUAUUAAAAAUUAAUUAAUAACUAAUUAAAAUAACCACGUACUGCAAGAAUUAAAUGAAAAUUAAUCUCAAUAGACAAGCAUAAAUAGCUAAGAAACUAGCAUAAUCAAAAAAAUUGUUUUCAGCUCAGAAGCAACAAAAACACCAUUUUUUUUAAUUGGCCUCAAUACUGUUUUUAUCUUUUAGUUCUUUGUUUUCAUAGGAGUUGUCAUCGUGCUUAUUGUUACAAUCUCCAAAAACUUUUAAGACUACACAGGAUCUAUGAAUGAAAUGGGAAGGUGCUCAAAAAUACUGACUCCUGUUUGUUAAACUCUGUUAACCACAGACUUCUUAUGCUUACAAAAUAUGAAUUAAAUGCCUGUUUAAAGUUAAGAUAUAAAUAAGUUUAUGACUGAUAAUGUUAGUGAUGGUUUUUCGGAUUUUAUUUCGUCUUAUUAUAACUUUUUAAAUGAAUAAAUAUCCUAUAAUUACUAAAAUACGUUUUAUAAUUAUCAAAUCACUGCUCUCAUCUAAGCAAAUUAAAACUCUUACGAACAAUAAAUGUUUUUUACUGAAUUUCUAAAAAAGACUACAGAAAGCAUUUACUAGCUCAUGAUGACUUAAAUUUAGCAAGCUCUUACCAUAACAAAUGACUAAAGAUAGUUGCUAACAAAUAAUAUAAAUAGCAUGUAUUAAUUAUUAUACUAAACUUAAUAAGAAAUAGCAGCUGAUCUGCUAAAUUUAAAGAACAGCAUUAUAAAAGUAAAUGUAAUUAGCGUUGUUUUGGGAACUUUUUUAAUAGCACUCUCUUUCGUUUUCAUUUGCAGUCCUUAUUAAAUGCUUAAAUAAAAUACAGAAAGAAUUUUGGCAGUUAUAAGUAGAAUGACUGAACAUGAAGCAGAAACAAUUGUUUCAGGUCUUACUUUUAUGACAACAUAACUAUUCUCACUCAAUGAUGACUAUUUACACAUAGAUUUUUCGAAUUUAGCUUUACGGGAUGACUAACACCUAGAUGGUCAUUAGGAAUCAAAAUCAAAAUCCAAGAGGGAUAAAUCAGGAUCGAGAAAGAAAAAUAGCAAUUUAACUGAUAGAAUUAAUGAUCCUAAAAUUAAAUUUAAUUCAUUUUUCUACACUUUGGUUCUUCUAUGCUUUAUGUCAACCAGCUUCUUUGUUACAGUAUUUGUUUACAUGGAAACAUUCCCUUCAUAAUUUGACCCUCCAUCCAAUAGAUACUAAUAUUUCUUGUAGGGAUCCUUAGAGUUUUCUACAAUGGUAAGUUCUCAUAAUAUACUUAUGAUUAAUUCUUUACUAGCUACUUAAGGUUAUCAAUCUAUCUCCACGUUGAAAGUAGGAGAAUUGUAAUCUCUCAGGUCAAAUAACUUCUAAUAAGCAUAAAAGUUCUUUAGUACUUAAUAUGACAGUUUAGUGAAUCAAUAAACUUCAGGAAGUUUUUAGUAAGAUAUGUUAAAAAUAAACUAAGGAAAUGCUUGCGAAAGUUCUUACUUUUCAGAAGCAUAGUAAGCUCUUUGCUCUUAAACAAAGAAUGGUCUGCUUCAGAAAGGACUUUAAUACUCAAUAACAUCAAUGCUUAACUAAAUUCAAAAUGAAGUUUAUUUUGAAAAUGACCCUAAAUAUAUAUAGCAAAUGAUAAAUUAGCAAGAUUAUACAGAAAGUUUAAUUGUUUAUUAAAUGAUUGACCAUCUAUUAAAAAGCAUCAUAGUUCUUUUUGAGAAUGAAAAUGUUUCAAUUAAAAAUACUUUUCUUACUAUCUUCCAGCUAAUACUGAUCUUGGGUUGCUUUGUUUAUGUUGUAACCUUUUUCAUAGUUAUGGUUUUCUUCUUAUCCACUAUCAGAUCAAACUAUUAAUACAUCAAAAGAGGUAUUCAGCUUAUUCCAUUUAAGAGACUCUGUGAAGAUCAAAUGACUCUUUUCUUACUUAAAAAGGUUUUAGAAAUAUGA